GAGUUAUUGUGCUGUUUUAAUACUUCUCUGAAAGCACAAUUAAACGUGUAAAUCAAAGAACACGAGGGAGUAGUUAAUCUGUAAAUGAUGACCGAUCUCCCGCAGGGGUGUGCCGUAGGACUGGUAGGACCCCCUCCCUCCCUCCAAUUCUGUGCAAUUGACACUCCUCCGUGUAGUCGCAGAGAAUCAACAGCUUCUUUCACACCGAGGACGAGGAUGAUGCCACACAUAUAGAAGAGAGAGCAGCAUGAGAGACUCUUCUCGUGAAAGACAUGUUCUGAAUGAAAGACAAGCACACCAACAGGAACUGUGCGUUUUUUUCCCUAUCAGGCUGAGAUUGAUACUCGCGCAAAGCGUGAAUUCGCCACUCUCUUCAAUGUGCGCUGAGAUUUAAGGAGACUUUGCGUCCCGACGGCAUCUAGGCAAAGCGCUAUUCAUGUUGCAAGCCCAAGCUUUAUGACAAUGGAUUAUUCGCUGUUACUAUACAGCCUUUGGGUUCCCGUGAUUCUCGCCGUUGAAGAGACUCUUAUGGACAGCAGGUGGGCUACAACAGAGCUGGCGUGGACCACCUAUCCGGAAAGCGGGUGGGAGGAAGUAAGUGGAUACGAUGACCACUUGAGCCCCAUCAGGACAUACCAGGUGUGUAACGUUCUGGAGCCCAAUCAGAACAACUGGCUGCGGACAGACUUCAUCCCCCGGCGAGGUGUCCUCCGCGUCUAUGUGGAGCUCAAGUUCUCUGUGCGAGACUGUGGCAGUAUCCCGAAUAUUCCGGGCUCCUGUAAGGAGACCUUUAAUCUUUUCUACUAUGAAUCCGAUGGAGACAUGGCCACGGGAAGCAGCCCGCCUUGGAGGGAGAACCCUUAUGUGAAGGUGGACACCAUAGCCCCGGAUGAAAGCUUUUCAUUGCUGGAAUCAGGUAUCGUCAACACCAAAGUACGGAGUUUCGGUCCUCUUUCCAAAGCUGGUUUCUACCUGGCCUUCCAGGACCUGGGCGCCUGCAUGUCCCUAAUCUCUGCCAGGGUCUUCUUUAAAAAGUGCUCCACCACCAUCGCCAACUUUGCCAUCUUCCCUGAGACGGCUACGGGUGCCGAAGCCACUUCAUUAGUCAUCGCCGCGGGGGCCUGCGUGCCAAACGCCGUUGAGGAAUCGGUCCCUCUAAAGUUGUAUUGUAAUGGAGACGGAGAAUGGAUGGUUCCUGUGGGAGCCUGCACCUGCAUGCCGGGCUUUGAGCCGGCCAAAAAAGAUACUCAGUGCCAGGCAUGCACCCCAGGGACGUUUAAAUCCAAACAAGGCGAGGGUUCUUGUAUGCCAUGCCCUCCCAAUAGCCGGGCCAGCUCUAGGGCAUCUAGCGUGUGCCCUUGUCAAAAUGGCUUCUACCGUGCUGACAGCGACUCUCCUGACAACCCAUGCACAACUAUUCCCUCAGCACCUUUAAACGUGAUCUCCAUUGUAAAUGAGACCUCAGUGUCUCUUGAGUGGUCCGAACCACGAGAUUUGGGCGGGCGAGGUGAUGUCGUUUACAACGUUGUGUGUAAAAAGUGCCUGCAUGAUGGCGGAACGUGUGCCCGGUGUGACGAUAACGUGGAGGUGUCGCCACGGCGACUGGGUCUGGCAGAGAAACAGGCUGCAGUGAGGAAUCUUCAGGCUCACACCCAUUAUAGCUUUGAGAUUCAGGCUGUCAACGGCGUGUCAUCGAAGAGUUCAUCCAUCCCUCAAUACGCCACGGUCAAUAUCACCACAAAUCAAGCAGCUCCGUCCGCAGUCCCCACCGUACAUUUAAUGCGGGCUACAGCUGGAACUCUCAGCCUCUCCUGGCUGCCCCCAGAGCGGCCCAACGGCGUGAUCCUGGAUUAUGAGAUCAAGUACCAGGAGAGGGGAGAGUCUUUUUCUCACACCGUCACUGCCCAGCACACCUCUGCCAAGGUUGAGGGUUUAAAGGCUGGUACGGUGUAUGUUGUGCAGGUUCGUGCUCGAACAGUGGCUGGAUAUGGACGCUAUAGCAACCCGGUGGAGAUCAGUACAAGUCUUUAUGAUGACCCUGAGCGGUCAGUACAGGACCUUUUGCCACUCAUUGUGGGCUCUGCCUCUGCUGGAUUUGUAGUCAUCCUUGCCAUGGUGGUCAUCGCUUUUGUUUGCCUCAGACGGCAGCGUACCGGCUCAGAGCUGGAGUACACGGAGAAACUGCAGCAGUAUGUGUCCCCAGGUGUCAAAGUUUAUAUCGAUCCUUUUACAUACGAGGACCCGAACGAGGCAGUUCAUGAAUUUGCCCGUGAGAUUGACAUCUCGUGUGUGAAGAUAGAGGAAGUCAUUGGAGCUGGAGAGUUCGGGGAGGUGUGUCGGGGGAGGUUGAAGCAGCCCGGCAGAAAGGAAGCAACUGUGGCCAUCAAAACUCUGAAGGCAGGCUACACCGAGCGUCAAAGACGGGACUUCCUAAGCGAGGCCAGUAUCAUGGGCCAGUUUGACCAUCCCAAUGUUAUCCACUUGGAAGGAGUUCUGACCAGGAGCUGCCCGGUGCUUAUCGUCACAGAGUUCAUGGAGAACGGAGCUCUCGACUCCUUCCUCAGACUAAAUGAUGGCAGGUUCACCGUCACGCAGCUUGUUGGCAUGUUGAGGGGCAUCGGAGCUGGAAUGAAGUAUCUGUCCGACAUGAACUACGUCCAUCGUGACCUGGCUGCCCGCAAUGUUCUCGUCAACAGCAACUUGGUGUGCAAAGUCUCUGAUUUUGGCCUCUCUCGCUUCUUAGACGAUAACUCAUCGGACCCCACCUACACGAGCUCACUGGGGGGGAAAAUCCCAAUCCGCUGGACUGCCCCUGAGGCCAUCGCCUUCAGGAAAUUCACCUCUGCGAGUGAUGUGUGGAGCUAUGGCAUUGUGAUGUGGGAGGUGAUGUCAUUUGGAGAGCGUCCGUAUUGGGACAUGAGCAAUCAAGAUGUUAUGAAUGCAGUGGAGCAGGACUACAGACUGCCUCCUCCCAUGGACUGCCCCGCAGUGCUGCACCAGCUCAUGCUGGAGUGCUGGGUGAAGGAGCGGAACAUGAGGCCACGCUUUGGCCAGAUCGUCAGCACACUUGACAAGCUGCUCCGCAAUGCCGCGAGCCUCAAAGUGCUUACCAGCACACACUCAGGGGAUCUCUGUCGAAUCGGAGGGACCCUACCGGGGCACCAAAGGAAGAGUAUAGGAGAUUCACAAGACAUGAAACAACAAAUGAGCCAAACUCUGCCCAUACGGGUUUGACUGAUUAAAAAAAACACCUGCUGAGCCUCCGGGCUAACAACAUAUUCCCGUUUGAAGACUAAACCUUGCUGGGCCAUUCCGUAGAAAGCCCAUGGAAAAUUACUGGAGCUGUGAACACCCAAUGGAAAACCUGGAUACUAUUUGGGACCUCUUUAUCCCAACCCAACCAAGGAGCUUGUGGAAAACUAUGGUGUGUCCAACGGAAAACUGAAUUUGCUUGAUAGGCAACCUGUGCAUCAGACACCUGGGGAGAAAUGGGAUAAAACCACACAUGUUAAUUGGAAUUUGUACGAUGGCGCCUCAAGCAAUCGUCUUUGUUCUUUUUCUCUCCCUUUGUCAUGACAUUCCCGUGUUUACACUGAAUUUUCAUUACAUGGAUUAAAUUGAAGACGUUUCUCCUUCUCAGGUUCAGUUUGCAUGUGUGCAUGUGUUUCUCUAAUGGCAAAAAAAUAUCUCUUCCAUAACUCAAAUCCCUUCUAUCCUUUCCUCUUAGCUGUCUUUAUUUACAGAGGCGACAAAUGACAAGACGGACUAGAGAAUUAUAAGCUAAGCGUAAUAAUGUUUAAAAAAUGUACGCCGGGAUGUUUGAUGUUGACUUCAGGACAUUUCGCCACUCCUUUUUCCCCUCAAAGACACAUUUCUUUUGAUCGCUUCUUCAUAUUGAAGAAAGGACGACGGGGAGUGUGAAUGGAAACAUGAAAGUUCCAAACCAGGCAGGAUGGACUUACUACGGCUAUCAGAAGAAAAAUAACACAUUUUCAAAGAAUGGAGCGCCUUAUAUGGACGUGUUGACUUUUAAAAGGGGGGUUAUAGUUCAAGAAAGGUGUUUUAUUUACUUCUGUUGUAUUUUGUCUUCCAUGAAACACUGUUGAGAGACUUUUCCUCAUGGAAGGCAUCAGACUGUGAUUUAAGAACUGUCAUUUCCCCUACCUGUGACGGAGGGGGAAUUGUGCUCGGAGUAUGUUUGUGUGUGUGUACAGUAUGCUCUUGUAUGCUUGAGUGAGUGCUACAGCUUCACAUGCAUGCCAUAUUCAAAACCCAGACCUAUUCGAGAGGUGCGACAGGUUGACUCGAAAGCUGUUGUUUGAUGAAUAUUCCAAUUAUUUGAAUUCAAUCUGUUCCAAUAUGCAUAACUGUGUAAAUAAAUAUGCCUCAUAAGAGCUAAA